GGACCCAAGUCACUGUGUCCAGACAGCCAGGUGGACAGGCCAUUCUAGGUUGGCCGUCUCUUUGGGGGGAAACAGAGGCCUCAGUGGAUGAGCUGAGCUGCAGAAGGGUCAUCAGUGAUUGUUGGGCAUUUCCUCCGCCAGGCCCAAGGACUACACCCUGUCCUGAGCUCUGAUAGAAUGAAAGGCCGGCAAUGGCGGUACACUCAGCUGCCCACAGAAAUGGAGGACACACUGUCUGGAGAGGAAGGUGAGGAGGAGGAAGAGGAGGAACCAGCCCCAGCCCCAGCCCCCCAGGACCCUGUGGAGCCUCAACUGACAGAAGCCAGCCAGGUCCUAGGUGCCUCAGAGAUUAAGCAGCUCAGUCUCCACCUGCCCCCGAGGGUCACUGGCCACCCCUGGAAUCUGGUCUUCUGCACGUCAAGGGAUGGUUUCAGUCUGCAGCGGCUAUACCGACAGAUGGAGGGUCACAGCGGGCCAGUACUGCUGCUGUUGAGAGACCAGGAUGGCCAGAUGUUUGGUGCCUUCUCCUCCUCAGCUCUCCGACUCAGCAAAGGCUUCUAUGGUACUGGAGAGACAUUCCUCUUCUCCUUCUCCCCACAGCUAAAGGUCUUUAAGUGGACAGGGCACAACUCUUUUUUUGUGAAAGGAGACCUGGACUCACUGAUGAUGGGCAGUGGAAGUGGCCAGUUUGGGCUGUGGUUGGAUGGAGACUUGUACCAUGGCGGAAGUUACCCCUGUGCUACCUUCGACAAUGAAGUGCUGGCCCGGCGGGAGCAGUUCUGCAUCAGGGAGCUGGAGGCCUGGGCUCUAAGCUGACACCUCCCCGGACCCGAGAUGCUUGGGUCACUUUUGGAUGCUGUCCAGCAAUGCUCGUACAGGACAGCCAUUCUGCCUGACUCAAAACGGGGAAGAGCCCUCAUGUGGACUGUGGCUCUCAGCCAGUCUCCUUAUGGCUCGAAAACCCAAGAACAGGGGCAGCCACUGUUCUCCAGCAAGAACUGAUUAUAAAGGUGUGAAAGACGCUCUUACUGAAGGAGUGUAAAAUUUGUCUUUUCGGGAUUUGACGAUCCCUAGAAGACCAAAAAGCAAAAGAAAAUAAAACAAAAUCCUACCCCCCCA